GAUUCAGCAAUCAAUCUCAGUCUCCCGCUCUCUCUCUCUUUGUUUGCCAUGAAUGUUCGGACGGUGUUAAGAUUAUGUCUACUGUAUGCAGUGUUGCUAUUUGAUAGUCAAAGAUAUUCAGUCAAUGCGCAGGGUGGUGGUGUAAUUGGAGGCGCAGGGAUUUUGGUUCAGAGAGCCGCGUUCUGUUUUAACAAUAACCUGCUCUACAGAGGGUGCAGUGAGGCGUUCAGACUAAACGCAGGAGGUGAAUUCAAGGUUCCACCAGAGGAAACAGACAGGUUCUGCAACGGUCCUUGUUCCGCGGAGACAGAACUUGUACUUACAUGCAUCAAUAGCGUCAUGUCUGAUUUUGUUUUUUACAAUCGGGCUACCCCGAGAGAUAUCAGGAACACCCUCCGUGGUGGCUGCAGCUCAUCUUUCACACGAGGAAACUUCAAUGUGGGAGAUUAUGCUCAGGGACUCUAUUUUGGCAAGGCCGGUAAAAAGCUGCCUGGAUUGUUCAUUGGACUAGUUCUCGGGUUUGUACCGUUGAUCCUGUAAAUGAUAUUCUCCCUGUUAAGAUCUCUUUUUUUGUUACUCUGAAACAAGAUUUCUUUUGUUUUUUUAAUUAAAGCAAAUCAUACAUAGAGAAGCUACGGUUAAAUGUAUCUUUUCAUUUUAGAGUUUGAACGAAUA